GUAAUUUUUCUUUCUGCACGCCGCCUCUCCCUCAGCCUGCCUGCGUGUUCCAAAGCAGGCAGAGUUCAGGGAAAACACUGAGCUGCCGGUCUGUCAAUCAUAAUUAGCCACCACAGGGAGUGAAACUGGGAGGAAGGUCGGUGAAAAGGCAUUUUUGGGAUAAAAAGGCAUACUUGCACUGAAACAACUAUGCGUCGACAAGGAAAGGGAAAAAAGUAUCUAAUUGUGAUUAAAAUGAUUUGUUCUACUUUGGAAGGAAUUGCGUAAAGGGCUUUCACUGAAAGCCAAACUUGACGAGUUCACUUGCUAGCAACAAUUCUGCCUGGAUCACGAAAACACGGGGAUUUUUUUCUGCAGUGAAUAAAUCCAGAAAGAAGGUUACCACGGACGUACGACAGUUUGGGAUUAUAUUCGGCUAUUUAACACCCGUUUGUUUGACAAAAGUGGUUGAAAUCUGAUACAUUCUGUCUUGGACUGUCUUGGAAAGUCUCGCUGUUUAUUGACUUGCAGGCAGCGCGGACUUGAGGGAGCAGUGACGUAUUUGCAGGUUCGCCUAAAACAAUCUCGGCCCAAACAUCCGGACGGCAAGAAAGAAAGGAGGAAAGAUGAGCGGGGGAGAUGUGGUUUGGUCGGGGUGGCUAAGAAAGUCUCCUCCUGAAAAAAAGUUGAGACGUUACGCAUGGAAGAAGCGGUGGUUUGUUCUACGCAGCGGUCGUCUCACGGGCGACCCGGACGUGCUGGAGUACUACAAGAAUAACCACGCCAAGAAGCCCAUCCGCGUGAUAGACCUCAACCUGUGUGAGCAGGUGGACGCAGGGCUCACCUUCAACAAGAAGGACCUGGAGCACAGCUUCAUAUUUGACAUUAAGACCUUCGACCGCGUCUUCUACCUGGUGGCCGACACGGAGGACGAGAUGAACAACUGGGUCCGCUACAUUUGUGACAUCUGCGGCUUCAACCCAACCGAGGAUGAAGCAGCGAAGGCCGCCCACCAGGCAGCCAGCUCGGUGGUGGACACGCCCCCUCACCCGUCGCUCGGCGGCCCUCCGGCCAUGCUGACCAACGUGCCCCCCCCCUACCAGCCGGUCAGCGUGCGCCACAUGGACUCCCAGUCUAGCCUGGACGAACCCCAGGACUACCUGUGGCUGGUCAACUGCGAAAGCAGGAAGCCCGACCCCAACAGCUCUGUCACUCCCCCCCCCCCUACUCCUCUCCCCACCGCUGAGGGGAACAAGGAGUACCUCCUCCUGGGGGAGUGUGAGAGCAAAAGGGCUCCUCCUCCUCUUCCCCAGGCUAAUCUAGCCCACGCUGAGUGUUCCAAGUCCACGUCCUCGGAGACCGACCUGAACGACAACGUCCCCGCCCACCGCACGCCCACCUCCACCAGCUCCUCCUCCUCCUCCAAGCACGCCAACGGGUUCUUCCCGUCCUCCUCUCACCCCGCCUCGUCCGUCUACGACUCGCCGCCCUCCCGCGGCGCCUCCCUCUCCGCCGACCACUCCUCCAGCCUCUACCACCUCCCCCGCUCCUACUCCCAGGACACCGUUCUCCUCCCGAAGUCCGCCUCCUCGCCCCCCGUCCCGGCAGACGGCGACGCCCCGGAGCUUUACGUCUUCAACACGCCCUCGCGGAAGCCCUCCAUGGAGACCCAGAUGAGGAACCUGUCGGUUAGCUACGACAUCCCGCCGACCCCAGGCGGCAGCGGUACCUACCAAGUACCCCGGGGCCCCCCGAGUGCAGGCUCCGAGGGGGGAGACGUGAUGCCGCCCCCCCGACCUCCAAAGCCCUCCCUCAGCUCUCUGAACUCCGGGCCGCCCCCGCCCGCCGAGCGCUCGCCGACGGACACGUACUGCGUGCCGCGCUCCGUGUCGGAGACGGACGGGAACUACUGCGUGCCCGCCAGCGGCGGGAGCAAGGCCCUGCGGAGCAACACCAUCGGCCCCAUGGACUCCUCGCGCCUCCGGAAAGAUUUUGGAUCCCAGGACUUCUAUGACAUUCCCAGGUCGUUUCCCUCUGAAAAAACCUCAUUUGACUUCAACGAAAGCUUCAACAACUACUUUAAAAACAAAGGCAUGGUGCCAGUUAGCAGCCAGUCCAUGGAGGAGGUCGACCAGAACUACGUGCCCAUGAACGCCAACUCCCCGUCGCACCAACGCUCGGGCAGCCUGUCUGGCGCCGAACCCACCAUGGAGCCCAACUAUGUGCCCAUGACGCCCGGCCCGGGCACCGCCGAGUUCUCCUCCCUGGGGAAGCAGGUCCCCCCGCCGGCCCACAUGGGGUUCCGGUCCAGCCCGAAGACCCCCCCGCGCAGGCCUGUGCUCAUAAGCGACUGUCAGCCCCCGCCUGUGGACCGCAACCUAAAACCGGACCGCAAAGGUCAAAGUCCUAAAAUAAUAAGAGCAAAGGGUGUUGGUUUAGAGCGAACCGACUCUCAAACCGUAGGCGAGUUCUCAAGACGACGCAAGGUCAAGCUGGCCCCCUUGGAGAUCAAGCCCCUGCCGGAGUGGGAGGAGCCAUCGGCACCUGUCCGUUCGCCGGUCACUAGGUCAUUCGCUCGGGAUCCCUCCAGGUUCAUGGCUCCCAGACCUCCAUCGGUGCACAGCACCGCCUCCAGCACCGACUCCGAAGAAUCUGAGGAGAAUUAUGUAGCCAUGGUCUCUAAUCCUGACGAACUAAACAUGAAGCUGACGGCAGAUGGGGGAAGCAGCCCCAUGGUGAAGCCCAAAGGAGACAAGCAAGUGGAGUACCUGGACCUAGAUCUGGACCCCGGCAAGUCCACCCCCCCACGGAAGAAGAAGAGCAACGGGAUGGGCCUGGCUGUGUCCGACGAGCGGGUGGACUACGUGGUGGUGGAUCAGCAGCGAACGCAGGCCCUGAAGAGUACCCGGGAGGCCUGGAACGACGGACGCCAGUCCACAGAGACAGAAACCCCCAACAAAGGGCCAAAGUGAUCCCAGCUCACUCCCCAACUUACAGCCCCCCCACCUCCCCCCCCCCCCACCUCCACAGGGCUGGUCCUUCCCCUCCCCCACCUUCCCGCGAAUGCCUGUGCUGAAGUGAAGGGCUCUGGUGAACACCAGGGCUGUGGAACUGUCCUUGGUUUACACUUCCAGACAGUCUGAGAACAGCAGAGGGACUGCCCCCCCCCCCCCCCAUGUGUCAGACUGGGGGUCUGGGCCGAAUGAGCCGAACGCCGUACGGAAGCCUGUGAAAGGCCGUUACCAAUGUCGACAAACACUUACCGCCUCUUGCUGUUGGAUGUCAGUUGGAAUUUCCCGCCUCUGGUUGUCUGGAAAAUCACUGGGGGCCUUUUUGAAGCGUUUGCUUUGGGACUAAAACAACACUGUGGUUCACUGUGUGUCUGCAGUCUGUUUUCAGAGUAAGAAAAUCCACAUCACACCUUACUGCCACGGUUGCCUGUUUUUACUUGUCGGACGUUGGCUCUUACUCAUGUACAUGUAUAAUAUCAUCCAGAACAUUGUAAGAAUGAGAACCAGGUUUUCUUAGCGCAAACAAAAAAUUCAAGAAAGUAGAAAACAAGUUCCUUUUAUGAAACGUGACUGACCGAGUGCUCAAUCAAAGACUUGGAUUCACUGAAACAAUGUAGUUUAAUCAACUGAGAUUGGAUUUCCUCACUUGCUCUUUCUGUGUGAAAGAAAUGCGUGCUUCGCUGUUGCAGGAAAAAGGAACAAGCUAAACGAAAAAAGAGUAUGUACAAAAGUGUUAUGUAUAUAAAUGGAAAGUGUCCUUUAUUUGUAUGGAAUAUCAUUGUUUGACACUAUUUGGUGUGUGGUAAUUCUGCAGGGUAGAAUUCUCUACGCCCCUCCGAAAUGGUAUCAGGAUAUGUGAUGUGAUAUGAGAUGACAGAAUCAACUGUGACAGCUUUUAACAGAGAGUGCCUGAAACUUUCUGUGAGAUAUGCAAAGGUAUCAAACCUAGGUCUAGAGAAGAGAGAAAUCAGGUACUCAAUAAAAUACUAAGUAACCGUUAUCGCCAUUUCUAAUUUAUUUAUCUGGUCGUUCCAUCGAUAGAUGUUGUAUCAGGACAGAUCCACAUACAUAAGGCUCAGUGUUCUAGAACCAUAAUCUAUGACCAGACAGACUUGAUGUGUAUAGAACAAAGUGGUUUAUAAUGCGUUUUUGACAAGCGCCAGUCAAUUCGUUUCUGGAGAUUAUUAUUGUGAUUCAUUCCCUUAUUGACUGGGGCAGUCGUUUUUCAUUCUCUCUUCUGUUGGGUUUUAAUUUAUUUCAGAUGGAUUUACACUUAAAGCUUCUGGAAUCAGAUUUGUCUGCCUUAUCUUCUCUACUUGAUAUUGCUUUUUGUAAAUAGUGACAAAUUGUGAUGUUUUACUUAAAAAAGAAAGAAAAAAAAAAAACUUGUCAGAAUCAUAGUGUUUUUCUUGGUGACUAUUUACUAACUUUCCAGGGCUCGUAUUCAGUCUGUCAGUGUGGUGCUGGUCGGGAAUUAAACUCCUCACAUUUAUCUUAUUUUAGUCAUUGUGUGAUCUGAAAGGCAAAACUGAUCUUAAAUCAGCCCUCUUACCCUGAGACACUAAAUACGGCCCCGUUUUUCACACACAAGUCCUAAGCAUGUUUUGCCAGGAGAAUAAAGGUCUUUGCUGUGUAUAUAUAUGCACCAUCUAU